CCGGAAGUCGUCAGAAGUCGACGCUGUUCACGUUCUCUCACAGCGCGAAAACGUUCAGGUCUGCUGCAACGCUGCAACACAACAGCACUCAGAAAGCAAACAUGUCAAAGAUAGACAAGAUGAGCAUCUUAGGGGUGAGGAGUUUUGGGAUAGAGGAUAAAGACAAACAAGUCAUUACUUUCUUCACUCCACUGACUGUGCUAGUUGGACCCAAUGGAGCAGGGAAAACGACUAUUAUUGAGUGCCUUAAGUAUGCAACAGCAGGAGAGCUUCCGCCUGGAUCUAAAGGAGGGGCAUUUGUUCAUGAUCCAAAGGACGCCCAUGAGACAGACGUGCGAGCACAGAUCCGACUGUUAUUCUCAGACGUCAACGGAGAGAAAGUGACUAUCCAUCGCUCCAUGUCCUGCACUCAGAAGGCGAAGAACUACUCCUUCAAAAGCUUGGAGCAAGUCAUUACCCGAAUAAAAGACGGUGAGAAGGUGAGCUUGUCAUCAAAGUGUGGCGAACUGGAUCGGGAGAUGAUUUCUUCACUGGGAGUGUCGAAGGCUGUGCUGAAUAAUGUCAUCUUUUGUCACCAAGAAGAGUCCAACUGGCCACUUUGUGAGGGCAAAGCACUCAAAGACAAGUUUGACUCCAUCUUCGCUGCAACCAAGUACAUCAAAGCUCUGGAAACGAUGCGUCAGUUGCGUCUCAAACAGAGUCACACAGUGAAGGAGUGUCAGGUGGAGCUGCGCUACCUGAAGCAGAACAAGGAGAAAGCCCAGCAGAUUAAAGAGACUGUGGAUACCAAAGAGGCUCAGCUGGUAGCCUCUAAAGACAACAUCCAGCAAGUAGAGAGCCAGAUUGAUCCACUGGAGAAUCGACUGACGGAUAUUGACACGAAACUGGGGAAAGUGAUGAAGCUGGACAACGACAUCAAGGCUUUAGACAGCAGGAAGAAACAGAUGGAGGAGGACAACAAGGAGCUGGAGGAAACUAUGGAACAGGUUUUCCAGGGUUCAGAUGAGCAGCUGCAGGAGAUUUACCAGAACCACCAGAGGACGGUGAGGGAGAAGGAGCGCAGGCUGACAGAUUGCCAGAAGGAGCUGGAGAGAGCUGGGCGAGAGUGUCAGAGACUCAACAGGAUCAAGGCCGACCUCCUGGUAGAACAAGGUCGUCUACAACUAGAGGCUGACCGCCACACUCAAAACAUCAAGAACCGAGACACUCAGGUUCGCUCUUUGUCGUCCUCUCUGGAGAUGGAGGGUUACGACAGACCUCCCUUCAGCAGUCUUCAACUUGAAAGCUUUAAUCGUCAAGUCACACAGAGACUGGAUCAGGAGAAAGAGACGGCCAAUCAGGUUAUGGCUGACCUGCAGGAAAAGGAUCAGCAGAAGCAGCAGUCCAUUGAUGAAAUGAGAGAUAAGAAGACCGGCCUGGAGAGAACGGUGGAGUUGAAGAGAGACAUGCAGGGAAAGAAGCAACAAGAAAUGAGGAACGUCCGGACAGAGCUGCUGAAGCUCGAGGGUUCGUCCAGCCGGCUGCAAGAACUGGAGAAUGAACUGGCUAAAGUGGAGCGCGAGCUGCAGAGCGUGGUUCAGAGCUCCAACGUGGAGGAGCUGAAGGCCGAGGUGCUGGAGCUCCAGGGAGAGAAGGCUGAACUCGACCGCUUACAGAGACAACUCGACCAAGAGAUGGGGAUGCUCAACACACACACCACCGCUCGCACACAGAUGGACAUGCUAAAAAAGGACAAGACAGAGAAGGACGAGCAGGUUCGUAAGAUCAAGUCUCGUCACAAUGAGGAACUGGUGUCGUUGCUCGGCCACUUUCCCAACAAGAGAGAGCUGGAGGACUGGAUCUAUUCCAAGUCGAAGGAAAUCAACAGCACCAGGGACCGACUUGCCAAAUUCAAUAAGGACCUGGCUUCAAAUGAGCAGAACAAAAGCCACAUCGCUGCUGAGGUACGGAAGAAGGAGCAGCAGUUGGCCAACGACGAAGAGAAGUUUUUCAAUGUGUGUGGCAGUCAAGAUCUGGAGCAGGACCUGGGCAAACUGCGAGAAGAUCUGGAAAAGAUCUCCAAACAAAGAGCAAUGCUAUCCGGAGCAACAGCGGUGUACACCCAGUUCAUCAGCCAGCUGACGGAGGAGAGAGAGCCCUGCUGCCCCGUGUGCCAGCGGACGUUCCCUUCAGACUCUGAUCUGCAGGAAGUCAUCAGCGACAUGCAGUCCAAGCUGCGCCUGGUGCCAGACAAGCUGAAGAACACAGAGACGGAUCUGAAGAGGAAGGAGAGGAAGAGGGAGGAGAUGAUGGCACUCAGACCUGUCAGGCAGUCCAUUGUGCAGUUUCAGGAAAAGGAGCUGCCUGAGUUGAGAAACCGCCUGCAGACUGUGAAUAGAGAAAUCGAGCGGCUGAAGGGGGACGUGGAGGAGCAGGAGACUCUGCUGGGUGUCCUCAUGUCAGAGGAGGAAACCGCCAAGGCCUGCCUGCAGGACAUCUCUCUGAUGGACAGAUACCUGAUGGACCUUAAAGAGUUGGAGAGGAAAAUCGCUCAGCAGGCAGCCAAACUCCAGGGAGUAGACCUGACCAGAACCAUCCAGCAAGUCAGUCAGGAGAAACAAGAAACUCAGCACAAGCUGGACACAACUUCCAGCAAGAUGGAGCUGAAACGCAAGCUGAUCCAGGACCAGCAGGAUCAGAUUCAGAUGCUGAGAAGUUCGGCGAACGAGACGAGGGCAGAGAAGCUCCAGCUGAGCAGUGACAUGCAGAAACAGCAGCAGCUGGAGGAGCAGUGUGUCGAGUGCACCACGGAAAUACAGACCCUCACCCGGGACAUCAGGGAAGCGAAGGAGCAGCUGUCCCCUCUGUCUGCGUCUCUGGAGAAGCUGCAGCAGGAGAAGCAGGAGCUGGUGGAGCGCAGGAGGCAGAGGCAGGAGGAGGGGCAGGAGAAGAUCAAUGCCAUUAAAGAAAAGGUGAAGUCAAUCGGCAACUUGGAAAAAGACAUCAAGAAAUAUGUCGAAGGCGGCAAACACGAAUACAAAGAGCAAAAAGAGUCUGAGCUUCAAGAAACCAACACUCAGCUCCACGAGGCUGAGAAGAAUAAAGACAAGAUCAACAAGGAGAUGGGAAACAUCCGCCAGGACAUUGACACUCAAAAGGUCCAGGAGCGCUGGUUGCAGGACAACCUGACGUUGAGGAAACGUGUCGAGGAGUUAAAGGAGGUUGUGGCUAGACGUGAGGUUCUUCUGAAAGACAUGGGCAACAUGAAAGUCCAGCAGCUACGCCAAGAACGACGUGAUGCCGACCGCAAGUUGGAAGAGUUGAAGAAGAACCGCAGUAUUGCAAUGGGUCGUCAAAAAGGCUUUGAGGAGGAGAUACUGCAUUACAGGAAAGAGCUUCGAGAAGAUCAGUAUAACAAAGCUGAUGAGCGCUACAAGAACAAGAUGAUCACAAUGAGGACAACCGAGCUGGUUAUUAAAGAUCUGGAUCUCUACUAUAAGGCCCUGGAUCAAACCAUCAUGAAAUUCCACAGCAUGAAGAUGGAUGAGAUCAACAAGAUCAUCAGAGACCUUUGGCGCAGCACCUACAGGGGUCAAGACAUUGAGUACGUGGAGAUCCGCUCUGAUGUGGACGAAAACUCGUCUGCUGGAGUGCGGCGGAGGGUUUACAACUACAGAGUGGUCAUGGUGAAAGGAGACACCGCUCUGGACAUGAGGGGGCGCUGCAGUGCCGGGCAGAAGGUGUUGGCGUCCCUGAUCAUCCGUCUCGCUCUGGCAGAGACCUUCUGUCUGAACUGUGGGAUCCUGGCCCUGGACGAGCCCACCACCAACCUGGACCGAGACAACAUCGAGUCUCUGGCACACGCCCUCGUAGAGAUCAUUAAGAGUCGCUCUCGCCAGCGUAACUUCCAGCUGCUCAUCAUCACCCACGACGAGGACUUUGUGGAGCUGCUGGGCCGCUCCAGCUACAUCGAGCACUUCUACCGCAUCCGUAAGAACCAGGACCAGAACUCUGAGAUCACAAAGUGCAGCAUCACCUCCCUCUCUACCUAUCUCCACUGAGCAGACCAAAGACUCUUCCUUGGAAAUGCACAGUACACCUCGAUGUUCUUGUUUUCAUUUCAGUUGGGCAAAUUCAGCGUUGAUUUAGUUGAAAAAAGGGAACGAGUUAAUUGAUCUUAACCCGCCGAAGACACUGACUGGCAAAUAUCCAUGAUUCAAAAUAUUGUGUUGAUAAUGUGCCUUUAAAAGGUCACUGUUUCAUAACAGAACAUGCUUAUGCUUUAUGUAAUGCUUUAUUAAAUCCUCCAUUCCAGUAAGAAAUGGCCAGAUAAAGUACACUAAAAGAUCAAAGUUCUGAUUCUAAUCUAAAGCAGGAACAGCUUCCGUGUUAAGCAUCAUGAAGUUUGCAUGGUCUUGGCAUUGUGUCUUUAAAACGUUUCCUUAGCCAUCUGUUGUCCAUGUAUCUGUUCUGCUUAAACAUUUGGAAAGUUCACAGUUAUGUUUUCCUCUCAUUACGUUCUGUCAUUAAAUCUUGGAAUGGUUUGCUAUUCA